AUGAAGGCAUUUAGCAUUGCAGUUGCAGUGACACUCGUGCUCGCCUUUAUUUGCAUCGUGGAGAGCUCGGCGCUCCCCUUUAAUGAGGGGCAGCAAAUGGAGGAGGCGAUAGGAGGCGACACUCCAGUUGCGGGAUGGCAGGACGAUGGCGCCGAGCUUUGGACACCGUACCACGUGCGUCAAAAGCGGCAGAGCAACCUGUCGCUGUGCCGCUGGUGCUGCAACUGCUGCCGGUCCUACAAAGGAUGUGGUUUCUGCUGCAAGUACUAA